AUUCUGAGUCACAAAUCAAUUAGCCGCAUCUAUAACACUGUGAAUCUUAAUGCACGAUCGUUAAUCUAUAAUCAGGCGAUAACAUUGGAAUUAUAUAUUAAGCUCGAAGUGUGGAUAGUUCGAGGUGCAGCUUGCAGAUGCCACCAGACGAAUUUUCCGAGCUUUGGACUUAAGCCAUAACACAAUACACUAUACAUGCGUUUUCUAAGUUUAGCACAUGCUCAGAUUCAAAAGCUCAACAUGAAGAAUUCGAACCCAGUUAAGUUUUCGAAGCCGAGCGCACGAUACGCGUAACUUUCCAGGCCGUUGACCGAAAAGCUCAGUUUUGUAUCGGUGUUGGAUGCAGUGUAAGGGCAUCACUUUUUUUUUAAUACAUAACUUGGAGAGCUUAGUCCGAGUAAGGACAUGAAUUCGAAUUGAUUCGAAAAUCGCUCGAACGAAGGAAUAUAAUCGGAAAAAAGUAAAACAAGUCAAAGAUGCUGCCGUUAAAAGUACUGAAAAAAUCAGCCAGUUGCAGUAAUCUGCUGUCCACAUGCUUAAAAUGCACGAAAGACAUAGCGCAACCCCCCAGCCCAGCAGUAUUUCAAGCCUCGUGUCACGAGGCGGCAGAUCAUCCAGUUGGUCCCCUGAAUGUGCUGUCCACUUACUGGAAACAUCGUUUCGAGACAGAAGGUGUUUCACAACCCAUGGAAUCCAUCGAGCAUAUUAUAGCUCACGUUAUAAAGGAUAAAGAAGCGAAACAGCGCGAAAGUUUAGACGAUAUGCAGCUCGAGAAGCUGAAACUGCUGUGCAAUCGGAGAUUAUCAAAAAUGCCAUUGGAGUAUUGCACGGAGGAAAGCGAUUUUAGAGACACAAAAUUAAAGCUCUCGGCACCGAUAUUCAUACCCGAGCGACAGACCGAGAUCCUUGUGGAUCUGUUACUGAAGCACGUCGACCGGAGCUGUUCCAAAAUCUGCCAUGUCCUGGAGAUCGGCUGCGGUGCCGGAGCCAUCUCCCUGUCGCUUUUACGCUCAUGUAAAUGUAAUAGUGUUCAAGUCGUGGCGAUCGACACUAACAUGAUAGCCUGUCAAUUGACACUACAUAACGCUAAGAAUCUGGGCCUCGAGGAUUGCUUGACAAUUUUGCACGCGACACUGGAGUCGAACGGGGAGAUCGUCUGCACAUCGAAUUUGUCGAACGACCGAGUGUUCGAUUUACAGGAGGAAACCUUUGACUUUAUCGUUAGCAACCCGCCGUGUGUUCCGACGAGCGAACUUCCCAAGUGGCAAAAGGAAUACGAAGACUAUCAAGCUCGAAACGGUGGUAAAGACGGCUUGAGAGUCAUAAGGCCGCUGUUGAUGUACGCAUCGAAGAGAUUAAAGAAGGACGGCAUACUUUUGAUGGAGGUUCUUCCACAACAAACUGAACAGAUCAGAAGUUUGACGGAGAAGCAGUAUCCGUUGAUAUUGAAAUUCGAUCACGUUUACAAAGACUUAUCGAACGACGAGAGGGUUGUGGAAAUUUCGAAAAUUGGAUAAUAAUUAUACAUGAGUCGAAAAUUUUAAAGACAUUAAUAACAGAUAAAAACGGUAAAUAUUUAUUGAUAAUAUCAGUUUAAUGAUAAUACUGCAUAAUUGAAAGAGAGAGCUCGCAUUAACAUUAUUCCUCUCGUUCAUUGUACAUUAGGCGCUUUUGUGUAAUGCAAUACUUUCUUAAACGAUUGCUGUUUAAACAGCAAUUCGAAAAAACCAACAACUUUUGCAAGUGUUCAAACUCAUGAUAUAUAAAGCUUCGGUGUAGUUUUCUUCUUAAGACUUAAAUCACAUAAGUGUGUAGGAAUGUGUGCGUGUGCCUUCGUGAGUUGAGAAAGUCGAAGACCUUUAUUCUACAAACUCUUUCGGAAAAAUAUCUUCAUAAACAAUUUUAUUUUCGUUGUUCAACUAUUUUUAGGCACUUUCGAGUGCACUUGCGUAUAAUGCACUCAUCUUAAUGGGUGUUGAAAAUUUUUUAAAAUAAACCUUGCGCUUGCAACACUUGAAUAACACAUUAAUUUGUAUUCAGAAGAAUUUAUUUUCGAUGCUUUUACACAGUCUAUCGAACGAGCAUGUAGAAUAAAAGCAAUUAGAAAAUUGUAUCGAACUGAAGCACUGCCGCAUGUCUCGGUGAUCAUACAUUAUCAUUAUUAUUAUUAUUAUGCUGUAAACGCAAAUCGAUCAAGCACGCAUUAUAAAAAAUGACGUUUAGAAACAUUUUUUAAUACUUUUAUAUUAAACGAUUGAUUUUUUACUUUCGGUUAUUGCGUUGCAAUGUCGAUUUUAUUUUGUAAUCGUGGAAGUUCUGAAUAUGCAUGUUGCUAAUCGAUUACAAUUCAAUAAAAAUCGGAAUAUAUAUUGAAUCUCUGAAAGUUUUAACUUAAACUAAGUAAGGCAUUCAUUGUAAGCACCUAGAAAUUCACUACUUAUUACUAAAUCAAGCUAUUGACGUUGUAUCAAUAUGAGAAAUGAGCCUCGAUCCUUAAUCAGUCGCCUUCAUUGUAUCUACGCAACUCUUAGCAUGGCACUUUUAAAAAUUUUGCGUUUAGAGAAAUAACCAAUACGAGAUUUGAUUGGCAAAGCAACUAAGGAUCAAGUACUCGAAAGAUGAAUGCUUUUACAGUAUACGUGAUCGAUGUGUGGUCGCUUUAUAAAUACACACGAUCCUUAUUGUCCGCGUGAAAGAUAUCUACAAAUAAUUCUAUAUGUAUAAAUACAACAAUAUAUGUCUAAUAGAAAAUUGGAUUAUGAAACAAAUUAGAGAAUUUGUAACUCGUGAAUAACGGACUAAUGCAACAUUUUUUUUAUUUUGUUGCAUAAAAGAUUCAUCUGUUUGACGAUGAAUAAUAUUUUAUUAAAAUUCUCUGCUCUUCUCGAUAAAAAUAUUAAUUCAAAAAUAGUUCAAAUUUAAUAAUUUUUAAAUCAAUCCACUUAAUUAAGGUUUAAAAUAUUUAAUCUAUCAACAAUAAGAUUGAACAAUACCGGCAUUUAUUUUCUAAUCCGAAAAACUGUAUAAGAAGCAGAAAACGUUGUUUGGAUGCAAAUAUUGAACCAGAUAUAAAACGUAUUUUUAUUGUUUAAUUUUGUUUUUGAAUUUAUAUCAUUUUGAUUUUUGAAAAUGGAAGACUAUACUUCUGGUCUUAAUAAACGUAAUUUUUAAUUUUUUGCAUCAUAAAUUUAACAUCAAAUGUUUUUACAUAGAAAUUCUUCCUCGUUAUCAGUCAUGCAUAUAUAAAAAGUAAUACUUUAUUAAUAUGUCUUGUAUUACACAUAUUAAAAAGGGCUUUAUGAAAGCAGUAGACAAUUAGGGAAUGUAACGCAGUUAGAAUCGGUUUUUAAGGUCGAUCGAUAUUUACAUGCUUCCACUCUUUGCCACCUUUUUGCCAGAUAAAAACAGGCCAGUACAAAAUA